ACUCCUUGCCCUAACUAUUGCAAAACGCAUUUGGACUGAUAAAGUGAGACUCCCACUGCUGCUGAUGCUCCCGGUUCUUCUUCUUCCUCCUCUUUACACAUCGGGCUUCAGUUAGGAAGAGAAGGUCAAUUUGGGAUUUUUGUGAAUUAGAUGAUGGAGAGAGGUGAGAUCGAAGCAGGUGUUCGAAGAUGGGUUGCUUUAAUCUUGGUGAAGUAUAAUGACUAUGAUGGUGCUAAGAAAAAGCUAAUUGAAGCACAAACAUCUUAUCCAGGAAUUGAAUAUGUUGAUGAGUUGAUAAAAUUAUGUGACAUAGCAUGUACAGCUAAGUCUCAGGAGCGUGGAAUUGAUUGGUACUCGGUUCUCGGCACUAACAAGACAGCCAAUGUGUCUGACAUAGAGUUUAAGUACACGGAGCUGAUGAGAACUUUGGAACCGGUUAAGAACAAAUUUCCGGAAAUUCAAUCAGCUUUGGGGCUUAUCAAAAAAGCUUAUAGUGAGUUUAUUUCGAGAAGGGCAGCAAGCUUGGUUCCUUGUGGUUCUGUGAAUCCAUUAGACGCGGUGCAUUCAGAAACCAUGAAUAUUGAUAGAGGAGCUACUUCACAAAGUUCUUCUGGGACUAAGAGAAUUGUCAGCGAGGAUUCAGAUAAUAACAGUUUAAUAUGCAAUACAGGGGAGCAGCCUUUAAAGAGGGUAAGAAGUUUGGGUGGGAAUGACUGUGAAGUUAUGGGUGAGACCCAAUCACUUAAUAAACUAAUAGGAAAAGUUUGUAGCCAAGAAGCAGGGUCGGAUACUGCUGAAUGCAAGUGUAGAUUAAAUGAAAUGCAGAAUCCUGACCCGUUAUCAAUAGCUGAGAAUGUUGAUAUGGAUACGGUUGCAGCAGAAUUUAGUAAUGGUGCCAGCAUUAAGCACCAAAAUUCUGGAUCUCCUCUUAUAACUUCAGUGCCGAAUCCGGAAAUCUAUACAGUGAAUCAAUGUGCAGUGGAUGUUGCUCUUAAGGAUCAAAUUGUCAAGAAACUCAUUACAUAUUCGCGGCAAAGACAUCUAUCACCAAAAACAUGUGAAGAAAGAAAGAGUCAGGCUGAUGGAAAAUCAAAAGAUGAAAGCACAUCUUCAGAAAAUAUGGAAAUGGACAGGUCAUCAAGAGAGAACGUAGGUAAGCUAACUGCAAAAAAUAGCAAAGAGAAAGUGGCAGAAGAGAUUGACAUUGGUGUCAGUUUGGGUGGAUUUACGGGGAAUGUAUCUGGGUAUGGAAGCAGUGUAAGUCACUCAGAUGAUGCAGCUAAUAAGUUGGUUGACAAAGAAAAAGUGGCUGAAGAGAUUGAUACUGAGAGUGAUUGUGUCAUGUUGGGUGGGGAUGAUUUUGAACUGUUACCUGAGACCCAAUCACUCAAUACACUCACAGGAAUAGUUUGUGGCCAACAAGUGCUCUCCGAUACUGCUAAAAGAAAUACUAGAUUAAAUAAAGUGGAAGGAUCUUUAGGAACAUCAUCUGGGAGCUUAGUGAAAAUCGUUCACAAGGAAUGUACUCUAAUAUUUCAUGACUUCAACAACCAUACAAGGGCUGGUGUAUUUGCAGUGGGUCAGUUUUUGGCUGUUUACGAUCAAGAAAAAAUGCCUCGACUGUAUGCUCAAAUUAAUAGAAUUGAGACUUGUUAUAAGACGGAAACAAAUUGCACAGAAUACGCAUUUUAUCUUAGGUGGUUGAGGCCUGCUCCUGUUAACGCAGAUGAGAGAAAAUGGCAUGACGCAGGUUUGCCUGUAUCUUGCGGGUUAUUUAAGCUGGAUAGUGAUAAGAUAGGAAAAUGUGACACUGUAAUUUUCUCACAUUUGGUCUCAUCGUUACAAGAAUAUCGUGUUCUUGCGGGUUAUUCGAAAGAACUGUUUGAGCUUUAUCCACGAAAAGGUGAAGUAUGGGCAAUUUAUAAAGACUGGAAACCAUUAGAUUGGUGCUCGGAUCCUGAAACAAGAAUAGGAUGCAAGUUCCAGCUUGUAGAAAUUCUCAGUAAUUACUCGACAAGAGAUGGUAUUAAGGUUGCACCAGUAGUAAAGGUGGCAGGGUAUAAAACCAUCUUUCGAUGGCAUGGCCUGUGUUAUCAAAUUGCUGCUCGCAACUUGUUUAGGUUUUCUCAUAAUGUACCAGUUAGGUUUGCAGGUUACAAGAGGGAUUUACUUCCAGGUCGGAUACUUGAUCUCGACCCAUUGUCAAUACCUGACGAUGUUGCUGUGGAUGCGGUUGCUGAAGAAUUCAGUAAUGGUUCCAGCAUUAAGCACCAAAAUUCUGGAUUUCCUCGUACAUCUUCAGUGCCGAAUCCUGAAAUCAAUACAGGGAAUCAAUAUGCAGGGUGUGUUGCUCCUAGGAAUCAAAAUGUCAAACAGUGCAAUACAACUUCAAGGUUAAGACUUCUUUCCCCAAGAUCAUGUGAAGUUCAUAAGAGUCAGGCUGCUGGAACAUCAAAAGGUGGCAGCACAUCUUUAAAUGUAGUGGAAGCAUCUUUAGGAAGAUCAUCUUGGAGCGCGGUGAAAUCCACAGUUCAGAAGGAACCUACUCUAGAAUUUCAUGACUUCAGCAGCUAUGAGAAGGCUUGUUCAUUUACAGUUGGUCAGUUUUUGGCUGUUUACGAUCAAGAAAAAAUGCCUCGAUCGUAUGCUAAAAUUACCAGAAUAGAACAUUGCUUUAAGAAGGAAACAAAUAGCACAGAAUACGCAUUGUAUGUUAGGUGGUUGAGACCUGCUCCUGUUAACCUUGAUGAGAAAAAAUGGCAUGAGGCAGGUUUGCCUGUUUCUUGCGGGAUCUUUAAGCUGAACAGUAAUAAGGUACACAAGUGUGACGCCGUAGUUUUCUCACAUUUGGUCUCGUUUCAAGAAUAUGGUAUUUCAAAAGAACUGGUUGAACUUUAUCCACGAGCAGGUGAAGUAUGGGCACUUUAUAAAGACUGGAAACCUUUUGAUUGGUGCUCGAAUCCUAAAACAAGAAAAGGUUGCAAGUUCCAGCUUGUAGAAAUUCUCAGUGAUUACUCGACAGCAGCUGGUGUUAAGGUUGGGUCAUUAGCAAGGGUGGCAGGGCAUAGAACUAUCUUUCUAAGGAGUGGCCUCUCUUAUCAAAUUGCUGCUAGCAAAUUGUUUGGGUUUUCUCAUAAUAUCCCAGUUAGGUGCGCAGGUAACAUGAAGGGCUUGUUUUCAGGUAUGGUGCUGGAUCUCGACCCAUUAUCAAUACCUAAGGAAGUUGUUGUGGAUAUUGUUGCUGCAGAAUUCAGUAAUCGUUCUUCCAGCAUUAUGCACCAAAAUUCUGGAUCUGCUGAUAUAACUUCAACGCGGAAUGUGAUCCAACCCCAGCACUGACAUGCUUUUCUUGUAUAUGACCUACAUACAAAAAAGGUGAAAACUAGCUGUACAAAACGAAGCAGGUAUAGACAUUAUGGUAAAUGCAGUGAGUUCGUCUUUUGGAUUUUGUCAAGUUGGUGUAACCCGUAAAUAUAGAAUGGCAUCCAAAUACCACAACAAUUUGUUUUCCAGGGCCGUCUUUUGUGUUGUAGUUCCCUUGUUUUCCGUGAUACGGACGAUAAUUGCACUGUCAAUCAAAAUGUGAAAACCAGCUGUUGUUGAGAACUACGUAGUUGAUGAUUUUGAACCUUCACUGGCUGCAAUACUGA